AUGACAACCAGUCCGGUCACACGGAGUCGCCAGAUAUUUUGUAAUAGGUACAAGCGAGCUGAUCGGGGAUGGCAAGGAAGGCAAAAUUUGCUGUUGGUAGAUAUCGAGGAAGGCCAAAAUAUGGUGUUGGGAGAUGGCGAGGAAGGCAAAAAUAUGUUGAUGGGGGAUGGCGAGGAAGGUAAAAAUGUGUUGGUGGGGGAUGGCGAGGAAGGUAAAAAUGUGUUGUUGGUAGAUAUCGAGGAAUGCAAAAAUGUGUUGGUGGGAGAUGGCGAGAAAAGCAAAAAUAUGUUGAUGGGGGAUGGCGAGGAAUGCAAAAAUGUGUUGUUGGGAGAUGGCGAGGAAGGCAAAAAUGUGUUGUUGGGAGAUGGCGAGGAAGGCAAAAAUAUGUUGAUGGGGGAUGGCGAGGAAUGCAAAAAUGAGUUGUUGGGAGAUGGCGAGGAAUGCAAAAAUGUGUUGGUGGGAGAUGGCGAGAAAAGCAAAAAUAUGUUGAUGGGGGAUGGCGAGGAAUGCAAAAAUGUGUUGUUGGGAGAUGGCGAGGAAGGCAAAAAUGUGUUGUUGGGAGAUGGCGAGGAAUGCAAAAAUGUGUUGGUGGGAGAUGGCGAGAAAAGCAAAAAUAUGUUGAUGGGGGAUGGCGAGGAAUGCAAAAAUGUGUUGUUAGGAGAUGGCGAGGAAGGCAAAAAUGUGUUGUUGGGAGAUGGCGAGGAAGGCAAAAAUGUGUUGUUGGGAGAUGGCGAGGAAUGCAAAAAUGUGUUGUUGGGGGAUGGCGAGGAAGGGAAAAAUAUGCUGUUGGGGGAUGGCGAGGAAUGCAAAAAUAUGUUAAUGGGGGAUGGCGAGGAAUGCAAAAAUGUGUUGUUGGGAGAUGGCGAGGAAUGCAAAAAUGUGUUGUUGGGAGAUGGCGAGAAAAGCAAAAAUAUGUUGAUGGGGGAUGGCGAGGAAUGCAAAAAUGUGUUGUUGGGAGAUGGCGAGGAAGGCAAAAAUGUGUUGUUGGGAGAUGGCGAGAAAGGCAAAAAUGUGUUGUUGGGAGAUGGCGAGGAAGGCAAACAUGUGUUGGUGGGGGAUGGCGAGGAAUGCAAAAAUGUGUUGUUGGGAGAUGGCGAGGAAGGCAAAAAUGUGUUGAUGGGGGAUGGCGAGGAAUGCAAAAAUGUGUUGUUGGGAGAUGGCGAGGAAGGCAAAAAUGUGUUGUUGGGAGAUGGCGAGGAAGGCAAAAAUGUGUUGUUGGGAGAUGGCGAGGAAGGCAAAAAUAUGUUGAUGGGGGAUGGCGAGGAAUGCAAAAAUGUGUUGUUGGGAGAUGGCGAGGAAUGCAAAAAUGUGUUGUUGGGAGAUGGCGAGGAAGGCAAAAAUAUGCUGUUGGGAGAUGGCGAGGAAGGCAAAAAUGUGUUGAUGGGAGAUGGCGAGGAAGGCAAAAAUGUGUUGUUGGGGGAUGGCGAGGAAGGCAAAAAUGUGUUGUUGGGAGAUGGCGAGGAAGGCAAAAAUAUGCUGUUGGGAGAUGGCGAGGAAGGCAAAAAUGUGUUGAUGGGAGAUGGCGAGGAAGGCAAAAAUGUGUUGUUGGGGGAUGGCGAGGAAGGCAAAAAUGUGUUGAUGGGAGAUGGCGAGGAAGGUAAAAAUGUGUUGGUGGGAGAUGGCGAGGAAGGCAAAAAUAUGCUGUUGGGGGAUGGCGAGGAAGGCAAACAUGUGUUGGUGGGAGAUGGCGAGGAAGGCAAACAUGUGUUGGUGGGGGAUGGCGAGGAAUGCAAAAAUGUGUUGUUGGGAGAUGGCGAGGAAGGCAAAAAUGUGUUGUUGGGAGAUGGCGAGGAAGGCAAAAAUGUGUUGGUGGGAGAUGGCGAGGAAGGUAAAAAUGUGUUGGUGGGAGAUGGCGAGGAAGGCAAACAUGUGUUGGUGGGGGAUGGCGAGGAAUGCAAAAAUGUGUUGUUGGGAGAUGGCGAGGAAGGCAAAAAUGUGUUGUUGGGAGAUGGCGAGGAAGGCAAAAAUGUGUUGGUGGGAGAUGGCGAGGAAGGUAAAAAUGUGUUGGUGGGAGAUGGCGAGGAAGGCAAAACUGGGCUGUUGUGA